UUUCUAUUUUAUUAUCAUUCAUCAAGAUUAUUAGGUACUCGUCUCGUUCUUUUGCAUCUAAUUUUGUUCUCUUUUUAGAGCUCGUCAUCUUCUUAGUUUCUAGCGUUCGUCGUAAUAUCACCUCGUCGUAUUAUUAAUGCUUUCUUUUCAUUUGUAUCGUUUAUGACAAAUUCGGGCGAGGAGUUCUUAGAGGGCAUUCCGGUUACAGGUCAUUUGAUGCCGACCGGUCACCAUACUCCUGGGACGAGAGGGGAUCAACCUCUGAUGAGGCAAGACGACGCUGAUUCUGAUUCGAAUUCUUCUGCCAACGAUGAGCCUGGUUUGGAAGGAGCUAUUGAGAUUGCUCGUGUAGAGAUCGCCGAUGGAGACGAUGAAGUCGGGCCUAUCGACGUCAGCAAGACUGUGAUCACGCCUCAGAUUCUUCAGGACAUGGUUGACUUUUGUCGACCUGCUCACGAGCUUGAAUUUGCCAUUCCUGGCCGGCCGAUCGUUCUAAGAAAUGUCCCAAGGUUUACAGCUGCGACGAUCAGGAAUAUGGUUGCUUUGAAGAUGCGUGCCGAGCAGUGUGGAGUAAAACUAACCGCUCACUUCUUUGAGGAGGCGAGUACCUUCUCGAAGGUUUUGGACCUGCCUGACACGUAUUAUGCGAACGCUGUUCCCAAAUUCGUUUAUAAUGGUCCUUCCAAGACUCAUAAGUGGAUGGAUUGAUACUUCUAUGUGAAGGUUAACGAACACGUUUUAGAGAAUCCUUCCAUUAGUUAUAAGACUGAAUGGAACCUUCAUCCUGGUAGUAGUCAGUAGAUUAGCUUCGCGUUCGAAGUCGUUUGAAAUUCUUUUGUUGCUGAUUGUUUUCUUUGUUUUGGUUAUUUUCUUUUGUAAAUCCCGUCGCUAAGAUCCUUCAG